AAGCUGAAGAUUCUUACCCGCACAGCAGCUGACCAUUAUGCACCUCACCUGCACCCGCGCUGCCACCCGCCCGCCGCUCUCACCCCCCCGCGCCGCGGCCUUUCCGCCCUCCCGCCCCGCCCCACCCUCCCCCAGGGACGCCGGGACCGCCCGCCCCCGGGCCCCUCUGACCUCGGGAACCGGAAAGCGCCGACGGGCCCGCGCCUCACCGCCCCACCAAAGACUGCAAGGAGAAGCUACUUUGACAACCCCAUCUUUUAUGUUAAGCACACAUCAGGGUUUGAAAAGAAGAAACACGCCUUGUAACUCAUCAACUCAGGAGGAUUGCUACUUUGGGAAGAGGAUGACUCCAUCAUGACUGCCACUAGCAUUUCAAUUCUGUCACAAUAGCAGGUUGCUUUACCAGAUUAAGCGUUCCAUCCAUCUACUGUCCAGUUGUUAAAAAUAUGGUACUCCAGUCAUCAUUAAAGAACUGCCUUCAGCUAUCUUGCAUCCUCAGGACUGCAAAAGCUGGCUUCAGAAGGACAACUAGUGGGGGCCUCAUUAUCCAGUCUGUUUCUAAUGAUGUUUACCAAAAUCUAGCUGUGGAAGACUGGAUCCAUGACCACAUGGAUUUAGAGAACCAGCAGAUCCUUUUCCUUUGGAGAAAUUCCCCUGCUGUGGUAAUAGGGAGACAUCAGAAUCCCUGGCAGGAAUGCAACCUCAGGCUACUGAGGCAAAAAAAUAUAAAACUAGCCAGGAGAAGAAGUGGAGGAGGAACAGUUUACCAUGACUUAGGCAAUAUAAAUUUGUCUUUCUUUACAACCAGAAGAAAAUACGAACGAAUGGAAAACCUGAAACUGGUUGUGAAAGCACUGAAGGCCUUGUGCCCCCAGUUAGAUGUGCAUGUCACUGAGAGAUACAACAUCUUGCUAGACAGGCAAUACAAAAUCUCAGGUACUGCUGCAAAGCUGGGAAGUAGAACUGCUUAUCACCACUGUACCUUACUCUGUAAUGCAGAUAAGUUUGUUUUAUCUUCUGUGCUAAAGAGUCCUUAUAAAGGGAUAAAAAGCAAUGCAACUCCUAGUGUGCCUGCCUCAGUGAAAAAUCUCUUUGAAGAGGAUCCUAGUUUAACUUAUGAGAUUCUCCUGGAUGCCAUUGCUGAAGAAUAUGCUACACAACACCAAAUAGAUCAUCAUAUCACCUUAAUAAAUCCAGCUGAUGAGACUCUGCUUCCUGGAAUUAGUAAUAAAACUGAAGAACUACAAACCUGGGAAUGGGUGUAUGGAAAGACACCAAAGUUCAGCAUUAGCACUUGUUUUAACAUAGUCUAUAAAGAUUCUGCUCUUGACAUUAAAGUAGAUAUGGACAUAAAGCAUGGAAGGAUUGAAGUCUGUAACAUUGAUCUGCCAGAGCAGUGGCUGCCACCAGCCCUGUGCAGUGAACUGAUGAAGAGCCUUACCGGCAGUAAGUUUUGCCCGAAUGAAACCAGUGCACUAGCAACAGCGUUGCUGAGAGUGUGUCCACAAGAUGAUGAGUUGCACAGCAGGUGGAAUCUGCUAUGUGAGAAUAUGAUAAUGUUAAUGUGACGUGCAUUUCGAAAAUGUAAGUUAAACUUCUGCUUUUUUAUUUAAUUUAUUGAGAACAAAAUUAAAGCAUUAUUUUCUACAAGUUGAAUUAUUCUCUUAUUAGUCAUUCAGACUGUUUAAUCUUGUACUUUUGCUUCAUGUUACCUAUGCGCAAUUAGAUUUAACAGUACCUGCAUCCACAGUUUCCAAACUGUAGGAUGUAAGCCACUGCAGUAGGCUGCAGCCCUGUGUCACUCCAUGCUGACAUCCAUCAUCGUUGCUUAAAACAGGGAAAAUGGUGGCAGCUUCCCAAACCAGCUCUGAGGCAGAGAAGGUACAAAUGGCAGACAGAGAUGAGAUGGGGUAGGUGGAAAACUGCCGCUGUGCUGCCAUAUCGGAUCCCCCCACCUGCAUGCCAUUCCUUGCAGAUAGUAGCUCAAAGGCCAGGUCUCAGCCCCUGAGCUGUGUGGAGAGGGAUGUCCCCCCAGUUUCUGGUUGCACUUCCUGCCUUGAAGAGUGCUGGUGACUGUCUCUCUGCCUUCACUGUACCAAGCAUGGUAGUAAAAUAAACUGACUACAUGAGUGACAGCAUAGAACAGGCCCCGGAGUCAGUAAAAUGACUGUGGAAACCGUACUCUUAGAUUCCUCUUGAUUUUUUUUUUUUUUCCAUUCAUUGAUGCCUAUUCCUCUUCAUAGAUGGUGCUCCUGCUGACAGUGAAAGGACUUACUCAGAGAUCAGGUAAAAGACUGCAGUGCAUAGCCAGCUGGUAUAUCACUAGACUUACUUGUACACAUAUUGCAUAUCCACGAGAUCUGCAAGGAAAGCUGCAGUCUUAGCUAGUGAAUUAUAGUCUAAUUAGAAAACAGAGAAAAAGUUCUAGCAAUGAAUAGGGAAGGGAGGGAAGACCAUGCUUACCUCUUGUGGUAUUUGUAGAGGACCACAUCACAGAGGCUCGCUACUAGAACAGAGAGGCAUAUUGUAUUACAAGAUGCAGAAAGCAUGAAGAUUUUUGACUUCCACUUAAAUACUAUAAAAUUGACCUAAAAUAGUUAAGGUGGCUUUUUAUUUUGCUCCUGUAUUUUUGAAAUUGCUGGACUAGGUUAAAAGAUACAAAACUUCACAUCUGGGAAGCUUACUGUAUUUACAGUGAACCUUCUCCCAAAAAUCUGUAAGGCAUUACCCAGCUUCUUUGAAUUACCCUACGUAGUGCAGAGAAGAAUUCAAACAGAUGACUAAAACUACAAAUAAUAAAAAAUAACCUUUAUUCCCAUUAAAAAAAGGCAUAUAUUAUACACAACUGAAUAAAACUGUUGACAGUGAUCAGAACCCAAGUAACACAGCAGCAAGCCAGGAAGCUUCUAUGGAAUGUCUGGGAGGACCAACAGGUAACAUACAGCUUCUGUAGCACGUAUGUUACUCUUUUUGCUGAUGUAACACUGAAAAGCUGAGGCACGAUUAUGCAAAAGGAUAAAACAGGCAGACCACUGGCAAAUUGUCACCCAGAAAACAAGGCAAACACCAGCUGUUUCUUACUGAUAGCUGUGGAAUAGAUUUGUUGUAUUAGAGACAAGACUAAGAAUAGCAGCAUUAGAUGAUAGAAGGUGAAAGAAGAAUAAAGAA